AUGACAACUCAAUUAUCACAAAUCAUUCAAAGUUAUGUUAUAAGAUUGUUGAUUGGAUCAAAUCGUCAUGAAGACAAGGACACUUAUCAAGGAGGUGACUAUUGGUAUAUACUGUUUAAUGGAGAAAAGAGAAGAGAUAUAGAACAUCCAAUCACAACAGAGAUGAUAGACAUUGCAUUGGUUUCAAAAUGGUGGUUGCAAGUGGUUAGACAGAGAUCAUCGAUGUAUUUUGAGGGUCACUUGGACAGUGUCAUACUCAAAUCAAUACAUUCAAAUCGUCAUUCAUUGUUCUCAUCAGACAGUAUACAAACACUAAAAUGGAUGUUGAACGAAAAAGAACACAGUGAUCUAUCAUCAUUUAACUAUGCAAAUCAAUUGAUGAAGCUAUUACCUCUUCUUCAAACUAUCAACCUCCAAUGCAAAGGCAAUGUGAACGAUCAGGUUUUCAAAGCAUUAAAGUCGAUACAAAAACAACAUCCACACAUUGUUAUCAACAUUGAGAUUGAUAUCAAUGGAAAACGAUUCGAAUACGGCUAUUCACAAUGGCCUACAUCAUUGGAAGGGUUUACUCCCAACACAGUCUCUUUGGGUACUCGCAAUUUUCAUCCCGAAGUCUGCUUUUCAAAUGGCAGCACCUAUAAUGACGACUUUAUCCAAAUGAUUAAAGAUCUUCAACCACAAUCUCUCAAUCUGUACACUGACAGUGGUAAAGAAGACGCUAUAACACAUAUUGAAUACUCACAGUUAUUCAAGCAACUCACAUCAAUCAAACACCUCAACAUUUACUAUGAUUUUGUCGAGUGUACCGAGUUGAAAGAAUUGGUUGCUGGUCAUCCCUUGGAAUCACUCAAGGUUAAUAUAUUGUCCAGUAUUUUGGUAAGCGAUUUUGAAAUUGAAGAAAACUCUCAAUCUACGUCGAGUUACUCGUAUUUGGAGUUUCAUUAUCAAGAUUCAUUAGAUGAUUGGAUAGAAUUUUGCAAUAAUAUCUCCAAUUGUACAACUCUCAAGCGACUUCAUCUAUGUGAUUACGAUGGGGCAGAAAAACUACCCAUAAUACAAGAGAAAUUAACAACAUUUCAAUCGGCAUUUGAAUCUAUCUGGAGUAGUGGAAGCGAGAUACCAAACAUUGACUAUCUUGCUUUGAACGAUCUGCAAUGUUUAAUGUCUACCAACAUGUGGGAUACACUUGGACAUGUUAAUUGUCAAAACAUCACAAAAUUACUAUUGACCAAUGGAACAGUGACCAAUGAAAUGGUUCUAUCACUCUCACAUCUUAUUGCUACGACCUCAACGAUUACAGUCCUAUCAAUCAAUGGAAACGAGUUGAAUUUGAACAAUGAAUUGGUACAAGCAUUCAAACAAAACAAAACAAUCACCGUAUUGGAUAUUGGUGGCAAUUUUUCCCUUGGUAAUGAUGCUCUCACUCUUUUCAGUGCCUUGUUGUACAGUGACACUGUCCAAUACUUGUUCCUUGACAACGGGUUUCAAUAUGUCAAACAUCCUUAUUUUACUCAAUCCAAAUCUCUAAAAGAAAGGUUUUUCGGAUAUCAAGAUAGGCUAUACUUUAACAAUAAUUUAUUUACAAAGAAUCAAUAA